AUGAAAUUUUCAACCACAAUUUUAUUCACACUCGCUGCUGCUUUAGUUGCUUCCGUCCCAAUUGAUCCAAAUUCCAACACAACCACAACUACAUUAUCAAAUAAAAUUCAAUUAGAUGGUCAAGAAAAUUUACGACCUGAAAUUGGUGAUGCUUUCAUUGAUGAAACUGGUGCAUUAUGGGUUUUAGAAGGAGAUGAAACACCCACUGAAACAAAUGAUAAAAGGGAUGCUGAAGCUGAUGCAAGAGUCAUUUUUAAGAAUCCAGCAGAAUUUUGGAAAAAAUAUUUUAGUAAUAAUGGUAAAUCAAAACCUCAUUAUACAAGUUAUGGACCAUUUGAACCUCAAAAAAGAGAUGCUGAAGCAGAUGCAAGAGUUAUUUUUAAAAAUCCAGCAGAAUUUUGGAAGAAAUAUUUUAGUAAUAAUGGUAAAUCAAAACCUCAUUAUACAAGUUAUGGACCAUUUGAACCUCAAAAGAGAGAUGUUGGAGAUAAUAAUAAUGAUGUUAAUUCUUCAAAUAAUGGUGUCCAUCUCCCAUAUUUCAUGUACAGAUUGGAUCCAAAAACAGGUCGUAAAUAUUUUCUUCUUCCUUAUUAUGAACCACAAAUUUGA